AUGCUGCAACUGCAGCGUGCUUCUGUCGAUUUCUCGGCGACAAAGCAGAAAGCCGUUGACGACGCGAAGAGGGCGCAGAUAUCCAUUGCUAAGCUAUGCGCCGCUGCUGGCGAACAUCCACCGCCGUACGUGCUAUCAGAGCUUAUCGGCAAGGGAAGCUUUGGCCGUGUGUAUAAGGCGACGGGCCCAGCGCCAGGUCAAGUCGUCGCCGUCAAAAUUAUCAGCAUUGAGGAAGGAGACUCGCUAGAGCCAGGUGCGGCAGAUACGUUGAGCGAUAUUCUCAAAGAGGUAAAUACCUUGAAGCGGCUGAGAAACAGCGGAGCGAAAAAUAUCAACGCAGUCAUCGACACUCUGCUCGUCGGACACUCAGUAUGGAUGAUCACGGAGUAUUGCGCCGGUGGUAGUGUAGCGUCACUCAUGCGACCGACUGGCGGGCUUCCUGAGAAAUGGAUCGUCCCGAUUCUUCGCGAGGUCGCCGAGGCAAUCUAUUGGGUCCAUCAGGAAGGCAUCAUUCACCGCGAUAUCAAAUGUGCCAAUGUCCUCGUCACCGAGCUCGGGGGAGUCCAGCUUUGCGACUUCGGCGUGGCGGGAAUCAUUGAGACGCGGUUCGAUAAGAGAAGAACAGUGACAGGGACGUUGCAAUGGAUGGCUCCUGAAUUAUUCGACACCACUGUGUCGUACGGCAUGGAGGUUGAUAUUUGGGCUUUCGGAUCUAUGGCUUAUGAGGUUGCCUCCGGGUUACCACCAAACGCAACCACAAGGAUCGAUAUUCCUCGCUUCGGCUCCUAUUUAAAACAGAACUGUCCUCGUUUGGAGGGUGAUCACUACUCAUCCCAGCUCAAGGAUCUCGUUGCUUACUGCAUGGUCGAGGAUCCAAAAUUACGACCUCACAUACAACAAAUACAGACACACCCGUACAUCUACAACACAAGUGAGAAAUACCCGGCUGCUUCACUCUCUAGGCUUGUGGGCGCCUACAAGGCUUGGGAGGCACAGGGAGGCAGCAGACAAUCCUUAUUCUCGGCGGGUGGUGCUCAAGGACCUCCAAACGAUCUGUCUUUCACCCCGAACGAUGAAUGGGUUUUCCAUGACAAUAGCGGCUUAGACCAGUCUGGACUCGACGAUGCAGAAACCAUAUACGAAGUCUACGGCCCUGAGCUCAGUGUUCACCAGUCGCCUCUAUUGCACCCUCAUCGUCGUCGUCACCUGCCACCGAAUAUGAAAGCAUUCAAAGCCCCAUUGGAGAAGCUUUUCGAUCCUCAUACCAUCUCUAACUACGCCGACCACGCCCGUGCUGUCUAUACAAGAACAACCUUAUCCGACCUACCCCUUCGGAACGACGACUCAGCGCACUUAACUGUUCGCGAAUCAUUAAUCGACCUUGAUGCAUCGUGGAUCGAUUCCGCACCGGCGCAGGUCAAUGACCUUCAUACAAUCAAGGUCAGACCGCGUUCCGCUGAUGCGACAGAUGUAAAUCGCCGAACUCAGGAUUGGACUUUUCCCGCGGUUUUCCCAGCUUCUGCGAGACUGGAUCUGUCGUCCUCCGAUUCAAGGUUUUCAGACACAAGUACAAUCAAGAAGGUUGAUUGGAGCGAACCGGAUAACUCUACGAAACGCCGGACGCAAGACUGA